CCCAGAUGGGGGCCCUGCAAGGGGCCCCUGGCCAUGCUGCCCUGGGGCAGUAGGAGUGCCCCCAGACUUCCUGCACCCCCCAGAGGAGGCAUCGGUGAGGGAGAGGGUGCUUUGCCAAGAUGCAGGACAAACUCCGCAUCCUGGAGGACCUCAACAUGCUCUACAUCCGACAGAUUGCCCUCAGCCUGGAGGGCACCGACAUCCAGAAGAAGAUCGACCAUGAGAUCCGGAUGCGCGAAGGCGCCUGCAAGCUCCUGGCGGCUUGCACCCAGCGCCAGCAGGCCCUGGAGGUCACCAAGAGCCUGCUGGUCUGCAACAGCCGCAUCCUGGCCUAUAUGGCCGAGCUGCAGCACAUGAAGGAGGCGCAAGUCAUGCAGCGGAUGGCCAGGCGCCCUUCAGACGCUGGUCCUGCGGACGACCGCCUGCCCUGCCGAGGCAGAGUCUGCAUCUCAGACCUCCGGAUCCCACUGAUGUGGAAGGACACGGAAUAUUUCAAGAACAAGGGCGAGCUGCAUCGCUGCGCCGUCUUCUGCCUGCUUCAGAUCGGCCCGGAAAUCUACGACACGGAGAUGGUGCUGGUGGAUCGGACCCUGACCGACAUCUGCUUUGAGAGCACCAUCCUCUUCACGGAGGCCGGCCCGGACUUUGAGCUGAAGGUGGAGCUGUACAGCGCCGGCCUGGAGGAAGACUCUGUCCUGGGCAGCACCCCCAAGAAGCUGGCCAGCCGCCUGAGCAGCUCCCUGGGGCGCUCGUCCGGGAAGAGGGUCCGAGCCACCCUGGACGGGGUGCCUGGGAGCCCCGUCACCAACGGGGGAAGCAGCCCCCUCCAGCUGCCGGCCCCUAGCGUGGCGGGCCCCAAAUACCAGCUGCUGGCCUGCACCACCCUGCGCCUGGCCCACGUCCAGGACUCCUUUCGCACCCACGACCUCGCCGUCACCGGGAACGAGGAGAGCUCCUUCUGGCUUCCCCUGUAUGGCAGCGUCUGCUGUCGCCUGGCAGCCCAGCCCAACUGCAUGCUCCACCAGGUGAUGUGCGGCUUCCUGAAGGUGCAGCAGGGGGAGCAGCAGGGCUGGCUGAGGCUCUUUUGCCUCCUGCGGGGCUCCAACCUCUUCUGCUACCGGCACCCCAAAGAUGUCGAGACACAGGAGGAGCCGGCCUUCACCAUUGCUAUCAACAAGGAGACGCGCAUCCGAAGGCCACAGAGAAGGACCCCAAGAAACCAAUUGCACACCAUGUCCCGUGACGAAUCCGCUAUGGGGGGGAGAGGAGGUGACCACACACUCCUGGCCGAGUCCCGCUCCGAGACGCAGCGCUGGAUGGAAGCCUUCUGGCAGCACUUUUACGACAUGAGCCAGUGGAAGCACUGCUGCGAUGAGCUCAUGAAGGUGGAGGUCCCGUCCCCACGGCGCCCUCCGGCCCUCCUGCAGAAGCAAGGCUCCCUCUACCACGAGAUGGCUAUUGAGCCGGCAGACGACAUUGAGGCCGUGACGGAGACUGCCCGGCGCUUUUCGGCCUGGGCCCCCCGCCGUGGCUGUCCCCUCUUCGAAGGGUCGUCGUGCAGCGCGGCGUCCGACAGCGACAGCGGCUCCAGCGCCAGUCCCGUGCCCCCGCCGCGCCCACCCUGGGGCCGGCCCCGCACCCUCUCCCUGGAUGCCAAGCUCGCCCUGAAAGGACGCUCGGGGCGCCCGCCGGGGGCCCCUCCGCCCCCCAGGGCCAGGGGCCCCUCCGGCUCCAGCUCCUCCAGCAGCAGCGGCAGCCCCACUCCGGAGACCGAGCGCCCCCCUAGGCCCCACGCCCGGCCCAGGUUUGACCCCCGCUUGUGGCUGCAGUCCCAGGUCUGAGGAUGGAGGGCGCUGGGGCUCCAGAGGGUCCGCUAGACUGGAAGCAGGGGCCUUGGGAGGGGGCCACAGGAGGUUGGAGCAGAGUGCCCUGAUGUGGGGCCAGCACCCCACAAGCUCCAGCCCCCCUCCCCGCCACCCUCCAACAAGCCAUCAGGGCCCUCUCCUCACUUCUGAUCAGCUGCCCCCCCAUUUGGGGGUCAUGGCCUGUUGGGGGCACUGAAGCGCU